AUGCAUUACUACAAUAAGCUGAAGUUUCUGGCUUUGGCCUCGGUAAUCUCGGCUACGUCUGCGCAUCCAACUAGCGACCAUUAUUAUGCCGACGCGGAAUCGGAGGCUUGCUUGAACGGCAAGGCCGUCUACGUGACUUCGAACACGGAACACAACUCUGUGGUUGCCAUACCCAUUGCCCGGAACGGGUCGCUUCUGGUCAACUACGCCACUUCUACGGCUACUGGUGGUCGUGGUGGCAAUGGUAUCAACCCGAGAGGCAUGCCCGCGGGCCCUGACGCGCUCUUCGGUCAAGGUUCCAUUACCAUUGCAGGAGAUUACCUCUUCGCCGUUAACGCCGGCUCUAAUACAGUGACAAUGCUGGCUAUUGAUAAACACGACCCUACAAAGGUGACAGUUGUUGGCGAGCCGGCCGAGUUGCCCGGCGAGUUCCCUACUACCGUGGGAGCCUCUGACAAGUUCAAUCUCGUUUGUGUUGGUCUUACUGGUGCCAAGGCUGGAGUUUCUUGCGCAUCUUACUCGUGGUAUGGUCUUGGCCCCUUUGACGAGUUGCGGCCCUUCGAUUUGCACCAGACUACGCCGCCGCAUGGCCCUACAAAUACGGUAUCGCAUGUUUUCUUCUCGGGCGAUCAGGAGACUGUGUUUACCACCGUUAAGGGUGAUCCAGCGGUUAAUAACACUGGUUUCCUGGCUGCCUACCCAGUCGAACACAUCCACUCGUCGUGCUAUGCCACCCCGUCCGUUUCCCACAAGGGCGUUAUCAGCUCUCCUGAGGGAACUGCCGUUCUCUUUGGUUCUACUCCUAUUCCCGACACGACUAAUCUAUUCGCCACCGACGCUUCAUUCGGUGCUGUUAUUCUCGGUAUCGAGGACUACGAGGCCUCCACACUCUAUAAGACUGUUAUUCCGGGCCAAGACGCUACAUGCUGGGUUGCCAUUUGCCCGGCCACUCACACUGCCUUUGUUACGGACAUUCGCAUGAACCGCCUAGUUGAAAUGUCUCUGGCGAACGCCGAAAUCAUUGGCGAGCCCAUUGACCUGACGACUUUCAGUAACGAUCCGGGUUUGACAGAGAUCCGGUCUGGUGGUAGCUUUGUUUAUGCGUUGAGUCCUGGUAACGGGACCACGGAAGCGUGGAUUACCGUACUUAAUGCUUUGACCAAGAAACCCGUGCAGCAUGCUCUUCUUACACCACUGGGACUGGACCGUAACGCAAUGGGUAUGGCUAUCCUGGUGUAA